GUUGUAUAUAUAGCUUCAGUUUCAGCUGCUCCAACAUCAGACGCUUGACAACCAACAGACGACCACCAACAAGAUGAGAUCCCUCUGCCUGACCAUUGCCCUGUGCCUGGCGUGCCUGGCCGCCGCGGAUGUCUCCCAUCUGGCCAGCAGCUACCUGCCACCGCCACCAAAGCCGGAGCACGCCGUCUCGAUGAGCAUUGAGCAGCAGGAGCUGCGUGAGCUGCCCGAGCAGGUGGAGUACAUGCGGGAGAACGAACAGGGGGUGAUGGAGGCCAUGCCCAGCAGUCUGUUGACACCACCCGCUCCCUUGGAGUCCGAGUCGGAGCAAAUGGAUGCCAUGCUCUCCUCGCGCUAUCUGCCGCCAGCGCCAGCACCAGCACCACAGCCUGAGGCACAGAUGGAACAGCAGCAGCUCUCAGAGCAGCCCCAAAUGGAGAUGAUGGCUGCCGAGCAACAGCCAGAGCAGCCACAGAUUGCCAUGCGCUACCUGCCGCCACCUGCACCAGCAACGGAGCAGCCCCAGCAGCCCCAGCAGCUCACCUAUCAGCAGUACCAGGAGCAGAUGCAGAUCCAGGCACUGCAGCAGCAGCCACAGCUUCAGGAGGAACAGAUGCCCUACUACAUGGAUGUGCAGCAGCCCAUGGCACCCACGGACGCCGAGCCAGCAGAGGCAGAGGCAGAGCCAGAGCCAGCCCACGAGCUUCGCUCCGAUGGCUAUCAUUACAGACAGGCCGAGGAGCAGCUGCGUCUGAGGCAUUAGCUCAUGGCCAGCAGCCCGUGACGCAAUCACGGGAUGACGGCAUCGAGUGGCUUGCGUCAUCCGCUUGUUGUUAAAUGUUUAGCUUUUAGUUCUUAAAUAUUUGAUUAAAAUUCGACUU